GCCACGUGCGAUGCAGAUGCGUGCACCGCGGCGCUCAAGAGUCAACUGGACCGUGUUGCCGUGUUGUCAUCCAGUGUCAGUGCGUACUUCAAACAAGACCUUUACGGAUAUUCGGGCAAACUCAGUUGUCUCUGUAUUUGCCUCUCGUGCUAUAAAGGGGUGUCCAAGCAAGAUUCGGUGCUAAUUGAAUCUUCCAAAGUGGUGAACCAGGUUGUCAACGUGAGUGUGUCGAGCCCCGUACCACACGCAAAGGCCACCGUGAGAGCUAUACGGCCUUUUAGCGUGCGCAAUGGUGAUGACCUUGAGAUGUUUGGGACGUUUAUUCCCGACUCAAGCUAUAUUGUCCGAUUUAAUCCUGCGGUUUCGGGAGGCGACAAAAUGGCGGCCCCGACGUGUGCUGUCCAAAAAGUCACUACCGGUGUAUUGACCUGCGAAAUGCAGGUUCAAGCCGGGACCGUGGGCGGUUGGAACGUCUCUCUCUUGGACGGGGAGGCACCAGUGCCUUUUGAGGAAGGUGCCGUCAACACGAUUCAUGUCCUUCCACCGGAUCCUUUGGUUGAGUUCGCGGCGGGGAACUGCGCUGCCGCGAGCGUAAACUGCGUUACAGGCGCGGAAGUGAUUUUUCGCGGUAAGAACUUUAACCCUGUGCAUCCCUUGUAUAACGAUGUGAUUGUGGGUGACGCCGCGUCCGCCAACCCUAUUCUCUGCAGGGUGACUAAUGCCACGGAGAAGGAGCUUUUCUGUGUUCUCAGCAUUCCGCGAGGCAAGGAACAUGGCAAGUACUCAAUCCAGGUUCGUGUCCGUGUGUCGGAAACGGAGUGGGGCGCAGAACAAAGUGCAGGAUUUCUUGUGUUGGGGGCUGGGGCGGAUGUUCCUGGGUGGAAAGCCGACAAUGUGCCCCCAUCUGUGCCAGUAGCUGGUGGAAAUAAUAAGUAUGCUGCCUCCGUUCUUGGGGCCUUUCUUGGCACGGUUCUAUUGGUACUUAUUGCGGCGGUUUUAUUUGCGUAUUUUCGUCUUGGUCAUGGGCCAAAAUAUAAUGCGGAUGAAGGGAUUUUUUCAGACAAUAAGGCGUAA